GAAGAGGCUUUGCUGUUUGUGGGUCUCAAGGACAACCCACAGCACCUGCUGGAGGAGCGAACCCUUUUGCGUCGCCUCCGGCAACUCCAGCUCAAGCUCAUGCUUCGCCUACUGGAAGCCAAGUGGGUGGAGUACAAGCUGGAAAUGGCCUUGGUGAAGGCAACUUCUUCUUGGAGCUGCAAGCUAGAGCCAAGACGGAAGACCCGUUUGCAGCUGCACCGAGCACACCUUCUGUGCCUGCCUUUUGCAGGAGCUACCUCGUCUUCGAGCUCUGUUCGGAGCCCAUUGGUGCAGAAUAGGGCGGAGAAGUACCUUCCAUCUCUGCCGAUGCUAGAGCAUCAAGGCAUGAACAAGGGCAGGAUGCGAGAAGUCGAGACAUGGCAUGCCUACCUGGAGACACUGUCAUCGUGGCUUGCUCUUCAAGAUGAGUCUUUCGUUCGAGAGUUGCAACUCUGCGUCAAGCAAAAGAAUGAGAUCCUUCAGAAGGAUUUGGCGGAUGUUGCUGCUCGAAGUGCGAAGCUUUACUACUAUCUCACCCAAUCUCUCUCACGUUGGGAAAGAGGCAGAGUCCGAGUCUUCGAGGACCUCCACCGUGAUGGCGAUGAGGUAGGCACCCUGACUGGAAGCACCUCGAAGGGAGAUGCGGCAUACGUCUGCGCUUCGCUGCAGGGAUCGGACAUGGAGAUCGACUCUCUUCCUGUUGACAAGGAACCCAGGAAAGACAUUACUGCAGGACCAAGCAUCCUGAAGAAGACUUCGAAAGAAGCGAAGAGUGAUGAGAAGCCUGGAAAGGACGAGAAGUCUAUCCGGAAGGUACUGAGCAUGUCGGAACCGCCAAUGGAGGUGGAGCAAGAUUCCCACAACUCUCCAGCGGAGAGUGCCGGGCAGGAGGUUGCGUUUUUGAAUGCACCAGUAGAGCCUGCACCAGCAGAGGCGGCGCCAGUCGAGACUGCGGAUGCAGAGGCUUCAGCUGCCCCCUUCAAUGUUUUCUCGAGGCCUCCGAGUCAAGUUGCAGUACCUUCGCCUACGGUGGCUGCAUCAGAGACAGGAGAGACAGAAGAGGAGGAAGCAUGGGGAAAAUGGAGGGCAAGCAAGGCCAGGCCUUCGCAGCCAUCAGCCGAGCCGUCGCUGAUAGUGAAGUGGAGAAGCAUGCUGAGGGGACCGCGCUUCAGGUAUUUCAUGCAAGCGAUACGACAACAGCGAGAAGAUCUUAUUGCAUGUGGAUACCCUGUGCCGGCAAUUCCAGAGAACAACCUGGAACCUGCAGUUCCACUUAUGUCUAUCGGAGAUGGGGUCGUUUAUCCUUCCCGCCAGGGGACCAUCUUUGCGUCAUUGACAGAUGCUUUGAUGACCGACGGCUACCUCCUCGAGGUUGGGCAGAAGCUCCUUGGGCGGAUCCAACGUCCAGACCCAGAUGUGGGGCCGUGCCUGGGAACGGGCUGGUCCAAGAGGCUUCGCGAUCACGAUCCCGAUCCUCUGGAUGGAACGCCCUACAUCAGCGCGGAGGUUGCGUGGGCGCUGUGGCUGCCCGAGUUUCCGGAAGCCCCGGAGCAAGGAGGCAUCCUUCCGGUGAAGAGAAAGAGGGAUUUUUCCCAGCUCACCGACGAGUUGUUGGACGAGCAUACUACAAGGUUCGAACUCGCGGGUCAAGGCCGCACUCUUCACCAACGCGGCGUGCGUGCAAGGGACGCGCGUGCAGCUAUCGAAGGGUAUACUCCCGAUCCAAGUCACCUACGCCACCAGAGUGGAGGGGACGUGGCUGCGCUGGGUUACAUCAAGCGUAUCCUCAAGGUCCUGACCGUUUACGAGGCCAUGCCGGAAGCGGAACGCAACCUUUUGGCUGGAAUGUAUCCAGACGACGUCGAGCUCCAGCUCGAGUGGGUGCCAGGCUCAGCCAUCAGGCAUGGGUGGCGUGCGUUAAUGGGGGCAAUGGAUCAGCGCACCCGGCGCUAUAUCGAGUUCGAAGCAGAGGUCCGAAAAUGGGAGGACUUGCAGUCCGCUCGACCCAAGGUCAAGGCCAGAAGAACGGGUGCAGCUGCUUCCACAGAUACUGGAGGUGGAAUUGGAGCGAUGAACGAAGGCUCGGAGACUGGAGCCAUGAACGAAGGCUCGGAGACAGAGUCUGCAGAGUCAUCCUCGGCAAGUUCGUCGGACGAAUCGAUUCCAAUGGGGGAAUACAUGAUGCAGAGCCGGACCAGAGUUUUGGCGCUCAUCGAAGCGGAGAAAGCCUUGAAAGAUGUGGGCUCCUCUGCGCCGCCCCCACCGUCUCCUAUCAUUAUGGAGCCAUCGCCGGUUGCGACGGACGGGUACAAGUUCGAUCCAGCAUCUCUAGGAGCCCCUCUGGGGGACACUGCAGCUCCAUCAACACCGGUACCUCCUUCGCCUUCCGCAGUUUCAUUGGCCCCUUUGGAGUCAUUCAAGUUCUUGGAUGUCCCACCUGUUGCUUCUUCUGGUCCCUCGGACCACAGUGUGGAGCCUAUGGUGGUGGAAGAGGAGCGGGCCCCAGAAACUCCAGGACCCACGGCACCGGUUGGAGCUCCAAUUUCCGCAACGGAGAGUGUGCCGGAGACCCCUCCUCCAGGGGAAAUUCCAGGUCCCGGUUAUGUCCCGAAGGCAGCUCCUGGGGAAAUUCCAGGUGCUCUGUCGAAAGCCCAGGGGGCACCAGCGGGGGCUACACCGAAGGCCUGGUCUGUGGUUCCAACUUCCUCGCCUUUGACGGUUCCAGAAGCGCCAGUGGCUGUAGAGUCUUUGCCUGCAGUUCCAGAGCCAGCAACCGUGACAGCGGAGGAAGGGCCUACCUCCGAGACCGCUACAUCAUCCGCAGCGGGUGCCCUUCCGCCUCCGGGCGGCUUGGGUCAAACAGCCGAAGAGAGGGAGUUUGUGCUUCCUUCCCCUUGCCAGAAGAAGUGA